AUGAAGGCCGCACGUGCGAUCGUCGCCAGCCACAUCUGGCACCUUCGCCCUGCAAGAUGCGCCCCUUUUUGGCAGUCCGGGUCAAGGCCCAUAUCGACCAAAUCCUCAGCGCGGCUAGUCGAAAACAAGAUCUGGUCGGCUGCCCCUCAGACCAAACUGCGCCGCGGUUUCUUCACAUCGCGCCGGCAGAAGCAAAAGACAAAUGUCACCGUGCCGGCGAUUAUUGCGAUAGGCGCAAUUCUGAUUUGGUCACUGUACCCGUCGGAUGCCUUUAGCAGCGUUCGACCGCUGGAAAAGCGCUUGAGGAUUCGCAAAGAUGGAACUUCAUUUGAUGAAGAUGAGGAGCGGGAAAAGGCGACCAAAGAUGCAGACCAGAGUCCGGCAUGGUUCAACUUCUCAACCGGAUUCCAGAAGUGGACCAUCAUCAGCGACGUAGAAUGGAGCACAGUGUCGGACAAAUUUGUCGACAUGAUUGUUCCGGAGUGGUCUAAGCUCGUUCCUGGAUAUCUUAGGAAGCUACAGCGUGAGAUGUCCAUGGCUCCUGGGUCCUUGGCGGAUGAGAUCUGGCAGGAAGCGCAUGAUCCAUUGAUCAAUCCCGAGAUACAGUAUUCAGCACAGGUCCGGGUAUCAGAUGACCUGUGUGACGAGGAGAAGCAAUUCCUAGCCCGCAGGAAAAAGGUCGCAAAAGUUGCGCUGGCCAGAUAUCUCGGGUUGAAAGAGAAAGACGUUCACGACGACGACGUCCCCGUUAUAGCCAUUUGUGGCUCCGGUGGCGGAUUGCGUGCUCUCGUAGCAGGCACCGGUUCGUUGUUGGCGACUGCUGAGGACGGACUAUUCGAUUGCAUCACAUAUACGGCUGGAGUAAGUGGAUCGUGUUGGCUCCAGACCCUGUACAACUCCUCUUUCACAGGUGGCCGCCUUGACAAAGUCCUCGAGCACCUCAAGGUUAGGUUGGGAGUUCACAUCGCAUAUCCUCCAACCGCAUUUUCUUCACUGGUCUCUGCGCCUACGAACAAGUACCUCCUGAGCGGAGUGGUGGAGAAAUUGAAGGGCGACCCAAAGGCCGACUUCGGCAUUGUUGAUGUAUUCGGAAUCCUGCUAGCUGCUCGGCUGUUAGUUCCCAAAGGUGAACUGGGGGUAUGUGACAGGGACUUCAAGCUGUCUAAUCAACGACAAUACAUCAAGUACGGACAAAAUCCUAUGCCUAUCUACACCGCAGUACGUCAUGAAAUACCGGAACUUGAUAUCUCGGCACCCAAAGAGACAGGGUCAGCAUCCGAAGCAGCCAAGGAACAAGCAAAGAAGGAGUCAUGGUUUCAAUGGUUCGAGUUCACACCUUACGAAUUCUUUUGCGAAGAGUUCACGGCCGGAAUACCCAUGUGGGCAUUGGGCAGGAGGUUCAAUGACGGAGUGGACGUCCCGCCUGAGGAUGGCUUUCACCUUCCUGAGGUCCGAGUUCCACUGCUGAUGGGCAUAUUUGGAAGUGCUUUCUGCGCAACCUUAAGGCAUUACUACAGGGAAGUGCAACCCCUCAUACAAGGCAUGACUGGACUCGGGGCUUUGGAUCAAUUGAUCUCUGGUCAUAACGAAGAUCUUAGUCUGGUCCAUCCCAUUGAUCCUGCAACUGUGCCCAAUUUCGCAUACAAGAUGGAUGGUAAGCUACCAUCCACGACACCGCCAAGCAUCUAUAACAACGAGUAUAUUCAGCUCAUGGAUGCGGGCAUGUCGAAUAAUCUGCCCAUCUACCCACUGCUACGACCUGGCCGCAACGUCGAGGUCAUCAUCUCUUUCGAUGCUUCAGCCGACGUUAAGACCGACAACUGGCUGUCGGUAGCAGAUGGUUAUGCUCGUCAACGUGGAAUCAAGGGCUGGCCUGUUGGUGUUGGCUGGCCACAGUCAACCGCUUCGCCUAAGGAAACAGCAGCACAACUUGACGAGGCACAAGCAUCGUCUACCGUUGAAGCAGAAGCGAAGCUAAAGGAGGCCAAGGUUGGUCAGGCGGUUCGCCGGAUUCAGUCCGGUGCAGAAAAGGGCGCUGUUGACGGCGAAAAGAAGUUCAAAAACGGUAAUGAGGAAUCGGGUGAGCUCGGCUAUUGCACCGUCUGGGUGGGCACCACUCAGGAGAGGACCUCGGAGCCUCCACCACCUUCAAAGGCAAUCGACGACACGACAACCUGGCAACUGAUGGAGGAGGACGCUGGACUUGCCGUUAUUUACCUGCCUUUUUUGGCAAAUGAGAAGGUCAAGGGUGUAGAUCCAGCCACGAGUGACUAUAUGAGUACUUGGAACUUCAUAUACACCCCUGAAGAGAUUGAAAAGGUUGUUGCCCUGGCGCGGGCCAACUUUGAGGAAGGGCGUGAGAGAAUCAAGGCCACUGUACGAGCAGUGUAUGAAAGAAAGAAGAAGAUUCGCAUUGCAAACGAGAAGAAAAUAAAGCGCGACCGGUACCGCAGACUCGUGCGGCUGGGAAUUAACGAUAAGCUGGGAGAAGGGGAUCAUUUCAGUUGA